CAUGGUGGCAGACCCAGAGAACCCUCUCGUCCUGGACAUCCUUACUGGCUCUUCUACCUCCUACUCCUUCUUCCCUGACAGACCCAUCUCUCAGUACCCCCAUGCUGUUGGUAAAAACACCCUGCUGAUCGCCGGCCUUCAGGCUAGAAACAACGCCAGAGUGGUUUUCAGCGGUUCUCUAGACUUCUUUAGUGAUGCCUUCUUCAACUCUGCUGUGCAGAAGGCCACGCCAGGCUCCCAGAGGUAGUCCUCACUGUUCAUUACAUCCCUCCUGU